GGAGGGGACAGAGUGCCGGGCUGGCGCCCAGACCUGGGGGGAGGGAGAGAGCGCGCGCCCGUGCUGGGAGGGAGGAGAAGGAGGAGGUGGUGGAGGAGGGGAGGGGACGCGCGCCCAGGGCAGACUAGAGGAGGGGCGAGAUCCUGGGGCGUCGGAAGGAGGGUAAGUGCCCUCUGGCGCGCUCCGUGGGAGGACGGGGCUCUGGCCCCGUCAGGAAGAGGAAGGGGUUUACCUUAGCGCCUCGUCGUCCCCGCGUCCCUUCUCGGGCACGAGCUUCGAGCCGCCUAGUGCUUAGGUGACCUUGGGUGUCCUAAUGGGUGUGAGCAAGUUGGAUGUCCUAUACCGACGGCUUCUCCUCACAAAGCUUUUCAUCAGAGGAUGGGGACGGCCAGAAGAUCUGAAACGACUAUUUGAAUUCAGAAAAGUAAUCGGUAAUCGCGAAACAUGCCAAAAUAUGGUUUCAAGAGAUUAUCCAGUAUACGUUGACAAGAUUGAAGAUGAGACUGACUGUAAGAUUCUCGAAGGACAUUUUGUUUCUCCUAUGGCCCAUCACGUCCCUGAUCUCAUGCCAAUUGAAUCCGUUAUUGCCAGGUUUCAAUUCAUUGUACCCAAAGAAUGGAACAACAAAUACAGACCAGUGUGUAUUCACCUUGCUGGAACAGGAGAUCAUCAUUACUGGAGACGACGAACACUAAUGGCCCGACCAAUGAUCAAAGAAGCACGCAUGGCUUCUUUGUUGUUAGAAAACCCUUAUUAUGGCUGUAGGAAACCCAAAGAUCAAGUAAGGUCAAGCUUGAAAAAUGUGUCUGACCUCUUUGUGAUGGGAGGGGCUCUUGUUCUAGAGUCUGCAGCUCUCUUGCAUUGGCUAGAGAGGGAGGGUUAUGGACCUCUGGGGAUGACUGGAAUAUCCAUGGGAGGACAUAUGGCUUCAUUAGCGGUAACUAACUGGCCUAAACCUCUGCCACUAAUUCCAUGUCUUUCCUGGUCAACUGCUUCUGGGGUUUUUACUACGGGGGUGCUCAGUAAAUCAGUCAAUUGGAGGGAAUUGGAGAAACAGUAUUAUACACAGACAGUUUAUGAAGAAGAGAUUUUCCACAUGCUUGAAUAUUGUGGGACAGAUUCUUUUAAAAUGGGACAAGACUUUGUGAAACAUUUCCCUCAUAGUGUGGACAACCUGGCUGAUUUUCAUCUGACUCCUAGAACAUUGGACCUAGAUCUCAAUGAAUCGUUGUGUGUGAAAUCUGCCCAGUGUGACACCUCGGGCAAGGCCUCCCUCAACACGGCAUCAGAAGGCCUGGCGUUUGGAGACAAGAUUCAGGCCCUGAGUGAAACGCUGUCCACGCAGAGCAGCGGCAAAGAGAGAGCCGCACAGCCGUCCGAACGCCCGUUCCGGGAAGGAAGAAGGCGGCGCAGCCUACAGAAGGAGUCCUUGAUGUUCAUGAAAGGCGUCAUGGAUGAAUGCACCCAUGUAGCAAACUUCUCAGUUCCAGUUGACCCAAGCCUUAUUAUCGUGGUUCAAGCCAAAGAAGAUGCCUAUAUUCCACGAACAGGAGUUCGAAGCCUUCAAGAAAUUUGGCCUGGAUGUGAAAUUCGAUACCUAGAAGGGGGCCAUAUUAGUGCUUACCUUUUCAAACAAGGGCUGUUCAGGCAAGCCAUCUACGAUGCAUUUGAGCGUUUUCUCCAUAAAUAUGCUUAUUGAAUGUAGCUGGGAUGAUUAUCCAGUUGGAGGCUCUUGUACCGGUGUCAUUGUGGGAAGAACAAGCAAGCUACAGCAUCUAGAAAUGUGAAUUCAGGUGGCAUUUCAGGUUCGAAGAUCUACCAAGUAUAUUUGAUGAGAAAUUUGCUAAUAAGUUAAUGAAUAGAAAUAGUUUUCUUUCGUAUUGAUAUAAGUUUCACUCUAAGUAAAUUAAUUAAUUCACAGGCCAUCCAGUGAUCAUUGGAAUGAAAUUUCUUGAUUGAAUCCUCCAAGCUUCUAUUGUAUACAUUUUGGAAAAUAUCUGGGUUUGCCUUUUGUUCUAUGUUGAAGUCAGGAACCUCAUUUUUUAGACUUAGUUAAUUUUAAAGUAUAUCUGUGACUUUCCAAAACCAUCUUAAAAUCCAUAAGAAAUGGAACCAUUUUAAUAGUGCUUUAAGAAUCAGAAAUGUAUGCCUAUCCAGAAGAAAUAAAAGCCAGAUAUAAUGUCUCUGUGCUUUAAUCUCAGCCAAUGAUUUUUCAGAUAUCACCCUGAUAAUCAUAAUCAUAAUAAUGAUUGUCAAGCCAAACCUCCUUUCCCUACUGUAAAACUUAGGAAGAUGAUAGGAAAUUUGGCGAAAUAUAUAUAUUUUUAAUAACUAAGUGCUGUGUCAUCAGUAGUUUUUUUCUGAGUGACCUUUUAGUUGUUGCCAGCUAUUUUAACACAUUUUAUUUAAUAAUAUUGUCACGUAAAUUUGAGUGGUGUGUAAUUACUGAACUGUUGGACUUGGUUUAGAUUUUUUUGAUGCGUAGAAUUUAAGCUAAGACCUGCAAUUUCACACCAUAAUUUUAUUUUGUAAUUUCUGUGUUUAAUGGUCAUGUGAGGUUUUGUUUUGUUGAUCUAUUUCACAGAAAAUGCCAAAUUCGGUAAUUUAUUAAGUUCUGAAUUUUAAUUUUAGUGUAGUUUUAUGAUCAGUGUGAUCAACUUGGGAACUUUUUUAAAUUGGAAAGGCACUGACUUCUGAAUAUGCAUAUUUUAGUAGUAGUUUCUCUUUAUGUUUAUCUUAACAAGUAUAAAGCCAGAAGAGAGAAGCUUCCAAAAAACACUGUUUCUUUGGAGGAUACUUAGGAAAAUUACCAAGUCCUUCAAGUUGCCUUUGUUUUGAAAUAGACCUAUGUAGGAAUUAUAUUAAAACAGCAGUUCAUAACCUUGCAAGAAUGUUUGAUUAUGUGCCUUUACGAUGUAGAAAUAUUUUAAUUUUGAAUUCUACAAAAUGCCAGUAAACAAGUAUCAUAAAAUUACUUGGAAAGCUUAAUUCUCAUUAAAAACAAAAAACUGGAGAGUUUGCCCUGAUAUAGACAUGUGUCCAUUACAUGAAGUUCUUCCACUAAAUUCCUUUUGGAGGUAAUGCAAUAUUUACUAUCCAGCGAUUAGCAUUGUUAUCUCAUUUUCUUAUGUAACACUAUCCAGUAAUUGAAUUCUUUUGAAAGACUGGCUGUAGUGAAAUGUGAGUUUGAGAUUUUUUAUUCAGUAACUUUUAAAAAUGUAUACUUUAUGAUUGGUAAAAUGAUUGUACUCCAUUUCCUCAUUUAAUUCACUUUCAGAUAUGAAAUUCUUUCUGUAGCUAUUAAAAAAAAUUUCUUCUUUGCUCACAUAUUUCUCUGCUAAUGGAUUUUGCGUGAAAAAUAAAAUUGCAUAUUUUGACUAUUCACGUGAAAGGGGUUUUCCAUGUCACUAGGUAAUCUCUUUGAAAAUGGUCUCUCUGUGAGCCCUGAGGACAUUAAUUUUUUAGAGCAGUGUUACAAUGGAAGCUUUUUACUUGAAAAAAAUAUUAAAUUAAAAUUAGGAGAAUGUUCCUCUGUUUAUAACCAGACAGAUGAAUGCAAAGAAACCAAUGUUGUUAACCUUUAUGUAUUACUUCAGCAAGGAAUUUUAUUUCCUUGUGCCAUUUUGUCCUUGUCUGCCUUGAUAAAGAUCAUUUGUAAAUACUAGAGGAGUAGAAAUUCACUUUGGUAAAGAAAAAGCUUCUGAAUUUCAAGAUUACAAAGUGAAUCGACCAUUUUAAUGUGUACAUUUUUUGAUGAUUUCUUAUGGAUGCCAUUUUAACAUGUGGUGCUUUCUAAUUUGGGGUAUGGAAUGACUUCUGUAACUUUCAAAUGGAUACGAUUUUCCUAACUGUUUAUAUUGUAUAAUAAAAGCCCAUUUAAAAGUG